UCAGAGAAAACAUGGUGAGGUCUCCUUCUCGGGAGGAAACAGGGUUGAAGAAAGGGCCAUGGACGCCGGAGGAAGACCAGAAGCUCAUCGACUACAUUCAGAAGCAAGGCAGCCAUGGAAGCUGGAGACAUCUUCCAAGGAUAGCCGGACUCAACCGUUGUGGCAAGAGUUGCAGGCUUAGGUGGACCAACUAUCUCCGGCCCGACAUCAAGCGAGGCAAAUUUUCAGAAGAGGAGGAGAAGCUUAUAAUUAAUCUCCACUCAAUGUUUGGAAAUAAGUGGUCUCUGAUCUCCACCAAGUUACCAGGAAGAACAGAUAACGAGAUAAAAAAUUACUGGAACACCCAUCUAAAAAAGAAGCUCCUUUUAAUGGGCAUCGAUCCGGUCACACAUCGCCGGAGAACUGAUCUCGAGCUCCUUGCCAACUUUCCUAAGCUUCUAUCCUCCUCCACAAACAGCAGCAGCUUCAUAAAUUCAUUAAUGGAGAACACCCUUGGGAUUCAAGCUGACACAGUGCAGCUAGCUCGAAUUCAGAUAAUGCAAGUUUUAUUUCAAGUUUUGCUGAAAACUGCUUCCUUUUCUUCUUCCUCUUCUUCAUCAUCUUCUUCAAAUCCAAAUGCUUAUUCAAAUUUGGUUUUGAGCAAUCUGUUAAGCUCAUCUCAGCUUCCUCCUCUGCAAACCUUCUCUAAUAACUCCAACGGCUCCUCUGUUCCUCUUGAGACAUCAUCGUUUGGAGAAUCAUUUCAAACUCCUAAUCAUAGCCAUGGCUUUCCUGUUCAGAAUUCAGAAAAUAACAGCAAGCAGUUACUGUUUCAUUCUAACGGUAACAAUAUGUUAGCAUCAACUGAAAGCUAUUCGGUUGAUCAGAAGCAAGAUCAGAUUGAUUUAAAUGAAACUUCUGCUGCGAAUUCUGUGAAUGCAAGGGCUAUGGAUACAUUAAAUUUGACAGAGCUGGAUGAUUCUGAUCUUAGCUGGAAGGAUGUUCUUGACCAAAUAUAUUGGUAGAAAGAAACUCAGAAGAAGAUGGAGAAUACAUACAGAUGAAAGAUAGAGAUCUGUAAAUAGGAAGAUCAGCCUCAUGCAAACCUUGUUAUAGAACAUUUAAUUACGUGCCAGCUUGAGACCUCAAAG